AUGAGGCGGCUGAUUCACAAGUACGAGUUCUAUUGGCCGAAAAUGGAGCAAGACUGCAUCAGAUACGCGAAGGGGUGUGAUGCAUGUCAAAGAUGUGGGCCUAUUCAGCAUGUUCCGGCCAAAGAAUUGAAUUCCAUCAUCAAGCCAUGGCCAUUCCGAGGAUGGGCUAUGGACCUGAUAGGGGAAAUUUACCCUUCUUUGUCUGAUUGCCAUACUUUUGUGAUUAUCGCCACUUGCUACUUCACAGAGUGGGGAACAAUGUUUACAGGGGGUGACAUGGUGGAAUGGGCCUCGCAGAUGAAGAUCAAACUGCCGCACUCAACGCCUUAUUAUGCGCAGGCCAAUGGUCAGGUCGAAGCAACUAACAAAACCAUCAAGUUGAUCGUCCAGAAUAUGAUUGAAGAUAAUCCAAGACGGUGGCACGUUUUGCUAUCAGAGACUGUCUGGGCAAACAUAACCAAUCAAAAAUUGGCUACAGGAACUUCACCUUUUAGGAUGGUGUAUGGGAACGACACAAUGCUGCCAAUGGAAUUGUCGGUCAUGUCAACUCGCUGUCUUCAUCAAAGAAAAUUUGUCUCAGGGUGA